CUCGUUGCCAUUAGGGACUAACGGGGUUGCUCGGAAGGAUGAAUGAGCGGCAGAGGUUGGCGAAUAUCCUUCGGAACUGCUCGAAGAAUUUGCUGCUUGAUCAGGGACUGCAGGCUCAUGGGAUGGUGAUGAGAUUGGGAUUUGGGCUUGACUUAAUGUUGAACAACGAUCUUAUAGAUAUGUAUGGCAAAUGCGGGAGAAUGGGGAUUGCCCUUGAGGUGUUUGAUAGAAUGCCUGAGAGAAAUGUUGUUUCGUGGACGGCUUUAAUGUGUGGAUACUUACAGAAUGGUAAUGCCAAAGGCUCACUGUCUCUAUUUAGUCGAAUGGGAUUUUCGGGAAUUAAGCCGAAUGAGUUCACCUUUUCGAUCAAUCUUAAGGCGUCUGGGUUUGUGGGCAUUGUUGAGAAUGGAAUGCAGAUUCACAAUAUGUGCACCAAAUCUGGUUUUGAAUGGGUUACGGUGGUGAGCAAUUCUAUCCUCGACAUGUAUGCGAAAUGUGGAAGAUUUCGCGAAGCAGCACGAAUGUUCGAUGUUAUGCCAGUUAGGAAUCUUAUCAGUUGGAACGCGAUGAUAGCCGGAUUCACACUUGAAGGAAAUGGGGAGAGUGCUUUGCUCUUAUUUAGGAAAAUGCAAGGGCUAGGAGAAGUCCCCGACGAAUAUACGAUUACGAGUACGCUGAAAGCUUGCAGUGGUAUUGGAGCAGUCCGGCAAGGAAGCCAAAUACAUUCCUCCUUAAUCACAAGAGGAUUCCUGUGCUCAGUUCGGACUACUAUUGCUGGUGCUCUUGUCGAUCUGUACGUAAAAUGUGGGCACUUAACUGAAGCUCAGAGGGUAUUCGAUCAAAUUGAACAGAAGAAUUUAGUAUCCUGGAGUUCCCUUAUUCUUGGUUAUGCCCAAGAAUGCAAUCUACUACAAGCCAUGGAUUUGUUUAGGCAGCUCAGGGUUAGUAUCGAUCAUCGAGUAGAUGGGUUUGUUCUCUCAAGCCUUAUGGGCGUGUUUGCUGAUUUUGCCCUGGUUGAACAAGGUAGGCAAAUGCAUGCUUUCACCAUCAAAAUCCCAUCUGGUUUAGACAUAUCAGUAACUAAUUCGAUUCUGGAUAUGUAUCUCAAGUGUGGGUUAACAGACGAGGCAGAAAGACUGUUUAAUGAAACUCCGGCAAGGAAUGUAAUUUCUUGGACGAUUAUGAUCACAGGCUACGGAAAGCAUGGUCUUGGAAGGAAAUCUGUACGUCUGUUCCAACAAAUGCAAUCGGAUGACAUAGAACCCGAUGGGGUGACUUACUUGGCCGUGCUCUCAGCCUGCAGCCAUUCUGGACUAAUAGAAGAAUGCGAAGAUUACUUCUCAAGAUUGUGUCUCGACAAACGGAUCAAACCAAUUGUAGAGCAUUAUGCUUGCAUGGUCGAUCUCCUUGGCAGAGCCGGACGCGUAAAAGAAGCCAAGAAUCUCAUCGACAACAUGCCUUUGAAACCGAAUGUUGGAAUACAGCAAACUCUACUUAGUGCUUGUAGAGUACAUGGGGACUUGGAAAUAGGGAGAGAAGUGGGCGAGACGCUUCUGAAACUGGACAGCAAUAACCCGGUCAACUAUGUGAUGCUGUCAAACAUCUACGCUGAGGCCGGCUACUGGAAAGAGUGCGAGAGAAUAAGAAAACUGUUUAAGAUGAAAGGGUUAAAGAAAGAGGCAGGACGCAGUUGGGUGGAGAUCAACAAGGAGGUCUACUUCUUCUACAAUGGGGAUGAGACACACCUGCUUACGGAAAAGAUUCAUCAAGUGUUGAAGGAGAUGGAAAAGAGAAUAAAAUCCCAGCUGGGUUAUGUUCAUGGGGUGAGGUUUGCGCUGCAUGACGUGGAAGAGGAGUCGAAGGAGGAGAGCUUGAGAUUUCACAGUGAGAAGUUGGCAAUCGGGUUGGCAUUGGUGUGUGGUGAAAUGGAGAAGGGAAACAAAACGAUUCGGAUUUUCAAGAACUUGAGAGUGUGCGGGGAUUGCCAUGCUUUUAUCAAGGGCUUGUCGAAGGUUUUGAAGGUGGUGUUUCUGGUGAGAGAUGCAAAUAGGUUUCACAAGUUUGAGGACGGCGUGUGUUCUUGUGGGGAUUAUUGGUGAUAACCAAUUGACAUGUAAUUCAUCUAACUUAUUGGUCUACUUUUUUCUUUCAA